UCCUCCUCAUCCAGCAGCUCCACUCAAAGCUUGAGCUUUCUUUUUUCUUGUUUUGUUUUAUUUUCUUGGUAGGAGUAACAAUAGUUCCUGGCUUCUUCUUGCUCCUCCUCUCUCUCUAUCCUAGGAGAGAGAAGUCCAGAGGCAAAAGCUUCAGGGUUGUCUAAAUUUUAGAUCUGAUCAACUAACCAGAAAAACAAAAGAAAAAGGAAUAGAACAUGAGUCACUUCGCCGCCAUGAAGAGCCCCCUUCCCGUCGCCGCGUCCGCCGCCGCCAGCGACUCCAAGAGCCCGCUGUUCUGCCCCAAGCCGCGGCGCCCCGUGGCGCCCCUGCGGUGCCACCAGAGCGGCGGCUACUCGGACGCCGGCGCCGGCGUGGAUCUCCUGGACCUCCUCCUGUCAAAGGGCGAGGAGAGCGGUCUCAUGGCGGCGUCCCCGCAGCCGCCGCUGUUCUGCGGCUCGCCGCCGCGGCGAGCGUCAAACCCGGUGGUCCACGACAGCCGGUUCGGCAUGGACUACCCGCCCAUGCCCGUGCCCCUGCCGGUGCCGCCGGUGGUGGCCGCCCCGGUGCCGGUGGCUCGGCCCAACCCGCGCCCGUCGGUGGCGCCGUCCAUGUCGCCGCGCGGCGCGUCGUGCGCCCGCGCCCGGUUCGCGUUCCAGCCCGCCGCGGUCCGCGUCGAGGGUUUUGACUGCCUCGACCGCAGCCGCGGCGGCCGUGGCCAUGGCAUCACCGCCAUGGCCUAGAUGUGCAUACAACACCAAGUAACCCUGAGACCCUCCUCCUCUCCUCCAUGGUGCAAAAAGCUUCCUUUUGCUACCACAAAGCUCUUGGAGGGGAGGUGAGGAAUUAAGAGGAUCAAUUUGUCCUAAAUUUAACCCCUAAAAACUAUAUAAGCCAUCCGAUCCACCCAUCCAAUCCAUCCCACAGCUAUAUUAUAUUGAGUUUAGGUAAUUUUUACCACAGAUCUUUUUGUAUGUAAAUAAAGUUUCAGGUUCAGGUUCCUCAUGUAAAUUUGGGAGCACUAGCUGGGGAGAGAAUUGGUAGAAAUCCAGAGAGAGGAGCAGGGACAAAGGGCAUAUCAAAAAAAAAGGAGAGCCCUCUUGGAUUAAUCAAAGUUUCCUGAUCUGUCCCUGCCAUCUGUCUGGGAGGAGGAUUUAUUAGUCAUUGGAUUGGGUGGGAGGGAGGUUGGGAUUAGUUAGGUAAUCUGUCCUAGUUCAUCAAUCAAUGAUGCCCUUUUUAUUUUUGGUUUUUGAUGGAAUUGUUUUUGUCCGUCCGUCCGUCCGUCCAUGCAACCAAGAAAUUCCAAGGCCAUGGAGAAUCUGUACAAAAGAGUGAGUGGCUACAAGAGGAGUGAGUCACAGAGCAGCAGCAGCUAGGUUAAGUCAGUCAGCCGAUGAGCUGAGUGAGAGAGACACGAUGAGCACUAUUUGUGAUCUUUUUCUUUUGGACUUUUGUAUAUUGUAAUAUCCUGCUGGGUUUCCAAUGAAGCAAUCUGUAUAAUAUAAUAUAAUAUUAUGCUA